CGACGCGACACGGGACGCAUCGGUCCGAGCAGACGCAGCCAGAGGCGGACACACGCAGGCGCGACACACACACACACACACACGACCCGGCGGGCUGCCGCCGCAACAUGCAAGCCGCUACGCUCGCGCUGACCCUGCUGCUACUGAGCGGCGUCGCCUCGGCCGCCGUGCGCAGGGCCGGCGCCGCCCAGCUGCCCAUCUCCAGCGAUGACCGCCGCAUCACCAGGGCCUCAGAGUGCCACUUCGGACGACGAGUGUACGAGCUGGGUGCCCACUGGUUCGCGGACCUGGGGCCGCCCUUUGGAGUCAUGUACUGCAUCCGCUGCGAGUGCGUCGCCGUGAAGAAGAAGCGGCGCGUGGUGGCGCGUGCGCAGUGUCGCAACGUGAAGACGGAGUGCCCGGCGCCCAGCUGCGACCACCCCGUGCUGCAGCCCGGCCGCUGCUGCAAGGUCUGCCCCGGCGACGACGCCUUCAGCCCUGACGUGCUGCCGACGGAGCCCACUGUGAAGGAGGUGCAGACCCACACUGGAGCUGGAGCAGACGACGAGCGCAGGAAACACAUGGCGGCGGUGCUGACGUCGCGCGUGGCGGAGUCGCUGUUCCGGGAGGACCCUGAGCGCGCGCCGCUUUCCAGCCUGGACGCGCUGCCGCCCGCCGCCGCCACGGGCCGAUUCCAGCUGGCGCGCCGCAGCCUCUACUUCUCCUUCUACGUGGCGGACGCCGCCCCCCGGCCCAGGGCCGUGCAGUUCCGCAGCGAGGAGGGUGACAUCUUGGUGGAGAUGCAGCUGGGCGAGGGCGGCCGGUACCAGCGCGAGGCGGGCAAGGUGUGCGGCGCGUGGCGGCGCCUGCCACGCGACUACCGCCGCCUGCUCAGAGAGGGCCGGCUGUACGCAGUGCUGCUGUGGCCGCCGUCUCUUCUGGGCCAGCUGCCACCCGUCGCGGGCCAGAUAAUUGGGCACCACUCGCUGACGACGGAGGUGUUCUCCGGCCUGCUGGAGGAGCGCGCCGGCGGAGACGCGGCGGCCACGGCGGUGGUGUCCGUGCACGCCGCCCCCGACACCAGCAGCGUGCACCUCAGCCUCCUGCUGUCCGCAGACGUGCCCCAGGGGGCGCAGCUGGUCGCCCGCCUCGAGGACGAAGCCGGCCGCGCCAUCGUCGAGGAGACGUUGCGCGCGCCGCAGCCGCAGACGCAGGCGCCGCUCGGCGGCCAGGGCCACAACCACAACCAGGCGUCGCUGUCGGAGGUGGAGCUGCGCAGCCCGGUGGGCGCCGGGGCGCUGCGGCAGCUGGCGGCGGGCCGCCUCAGGGCGUCGCUGUCCGCCGCCGACGCCGGGGGCCGCCGCCUCAUGGAGCUGCGCGGUCGCGUCACGGCCAGGGUCUCCUGCGAGAUACUCCAGGCCGUACUGACUCCGACCGACGCCGCCUCAGCAGAGGGCAGUCGCUCUGACGACUCACCCGCUGCCCCCUCCGCGGGGGUGGGGGGCGUGGCGUGGAUGUUCGCGCGCCGCGACGGCUCACUGUCGUACGGCGCGUCCCUGUCGGGGCUCGAAGCGCUGUCCGUGCGCAUGCUCACGCUCACGUCGGCUCGCGGCACAGAGAUCUACGACCUCACGCCGGCGCUCUCUGACUCCGGCGAGGCGAGCGGGGAGCUGGCCCCGCCCGGGGUGCCGGAGCUGCGGCAGCUGACCGCCGGCGAGCUGUGGCUGGCCGUGUCGACGCAGCGCGCCGCCGUCGCCCGCGGGCGCCUCGCGCCGCGCCUCGUGGCCGCCGCCAGGGACGCCGAGAGGCCGGCGCACCUGCUGCCGCCCCCGCCACCGCCCACACCCACACCUGCAACUGGUACCGCGCACGGGCUCGCCUGGGUCGCCGUCGACUCCGAGUGCACACUACACAUAGACGUGACGCUGAUCCGCGGCGGCGGCGGAGGCGGCGAGUCGCGGGACGAGGAGGCGGAGGAGGCGGAAGAGGCGCGCGAGUGGCUGUCGGUGCAGCUGAUGCUGGAGGCGCGGCCGCUGGAGGCUCCGGGCGCGCCCGUCUGGAGCCGCGAGCUGGCGGCGCUGAACGCCAGCCGGCGCGGCCGCGCGUUCCACCUGGAGGAGUCGCUGGCCGACGUGCCGGCCGCGGAGCUGGCCCGCCUCGAGUACGGCGUCUGCGACCUGCUGGUGCGCGACGCCACCACGGGGCAGCUGCUGCUCAGCGGCCGCCUGCCGCAGACGAAGGUGCCGGCGUCGUGCCAGCCGCGGUCCACGGACAACGACGUGGUGCCGGUGCUGCACCAGGAGGCGGCGGGGGCGGGGGCGGGCCCCGGGGGCGAGUCGGGCCCGUGCCUGUGGGAGCAGCGCUUCUACGAGGAGGGCGCGCAGUGGCGGGCGCCCGGCUGCCGCGCCUGCCACUGCCUGCGGGGGCGGGCCCGCUGCGAGCCGCAGCUCUGCCCGCCCGCGCCCGCCUCCUGCCCGCCCGACGGCCGCAAGCCCACGCCGCCGCCCGGAGACUGCUGCCCCGCCUGCCACAACGAGACGAGCGCGCAGGAGAGCCGCUGGGGCGUGCGGCGCGGCUGCUCCGUGUCUGGCGAGUUCCACGCGGCCGGCUCCUCCUGGUACCCCUACGUGCCGCCGCACGGCUUCGACACCUGCGUCACCGUCUCCUGUGACGCGGUGACGCUGCAGGUGCGCUUCUGGAGGCGGCGCUGCCCUGCGCUGGACUGCGGCGGCCGGCGGCCAGUCAGGCCGGACCCCCGCGCCUGCUGCCGCGUCUGCCCGCCGGCGGACACUGCUGACGACGAGCCGGGCGGCGCGGGGGCGGUGGCGGGGGCGGAGCGCGAGCCGGAGCCCGACCCGCAGGCCGUGCUGGCCGCCGGCGGCUGCCGCGCCCCGCACCAGGUGUUCGAGGACGGCCGCAGCUGGCACCCGCGCAUCCAGCCGUUCGGCGUCGAGAAGUGCGUCACGUGCCGUUGCAAGGCUGGCCACAUCCAGUGCCAGCGCAAGUUGUGCAAGGCGGCGACGUGCGCGCGCCUCCAGGAAGCGUCCGCCGCCCCCGGUGCCGCCCCCGCCACCCCCGAGGAGGAGGCGGAGGAGCGAGAGUGCUGCCGGACGCAGUGUGCGCGCAGGCACCGCCGCCCACACGGCUGAGGCGGCGCCGCCCACACCGCAACUCAGAGGCUUCCCACAGUAUUGCUCAUCUCUACCUGAAAACACACACCUACAUACAUUAUACGCAUAACUACGACUAACCAAAGUUCAUAUAAGGCUGUUUUUUUAAAAAGAAAAAAGGGAAAUGUUAUUUUUUAAAAAGCGAAGGCAAAGUAUUUUUUAUCUUCAAUUAACACUUCGAAGACUUUUUAAUAUUUUCCUAGACAGCGAGCGAGUUUGUUUUAUGUAGUCGUUACUCGCGAGUACAGCCGUCCGUAGCUGUGAGCUCGCAAGGACAUUCUGCGAAGGGCGUGGUCCGAGUCCUGCGGCGUGGAAGGGCCGUCCGAGGGCUGGCGAAGGGCCGGCCGCCGUUACCACAACCAAAGAAGACUGAGCGACCAAGGGCCGAGCGUUAUUUAUUUGUUGGCCCCACGGGGCGUCGUUGUGUGUGUCAUGUCAGACCAGUGGGCGCCGUCCCCACCCCACCCCGCACCUCUUUGGCCCUCGCGGCGCUUCUAGAGUCAGCUAGAGUAGUCCACUAUUAUUAUUAUUAUUAUUAUUAUUAUUAUACUAUAGUAUAGUUUAGUUGUAAGCUGGUUGUGAGAGUACGAGUAAGUGCCAUAAGACUGUUUACUUGGUAGUGUUACAUACUGUGUAACAAAUGGACUCUCUUUGUUUUCUCCUCGACUGCACUCUUGCCCCACACUCCCUUCUGAAAAAAUGGCAAGUUUUCCCAAAAGGUAACAAAAAAUUUGUGGAUAGGGAACAUUUAUUGUUUGUAGUAUGUUCUCUCUUCCAGCGUUUAUAUAAACUGCCGAACCCUGGAGAAAUGACGAGGUGUCUCAGAAUGAGGGCUCCUAUGGUCUCAGCGUAUUGACCAUGCUUCGAGUAAAUACAUUUCACAUUGUACCUUCCAAUAUUUUUUAGCUUGCCCGACAAAAAGGAACUGAUGAGUUGUAUCAAAAGGAAUAUACAAAUUAUAUCCCAGAUUCGCCCAUAUUUUAUGGAAAAUGUAAAUUAAGUACUUCCAUUUUAUCGUACCUUGUCCCUCAUUUUUUAAAAAUUAGUCGUAUGAAGAGUAAUCUUAAAAUGAAGAUACAAAGUGUCAACUACUAUUUCUGCUUUUUUUUAAAAAAAUUAUUAAUGUAAUAUUUCUGUGCAUUGUUACCUCCCACCUUUGGAUUCUAUUCAUUUUGAAUGAUCACAAAAAAAAAAAAAAAACUCUGUCAAAAUGAUAAUUCACAGUGUCAUAGAGAUUUGUUCGUCUUUUGUGGAAACUGUGAAUGGAAGAUGCCGUUUUGGUGUACAUUUCCCAUCUCGAAACUCUUUAGUUUGUUCAACUAUACCGUAAUUCGAGUUGUCUCAGAACGAAGUUACUGAAGUGUUGACGAGCAUAAGGAGGAUUAAGCGGAAUGCCGUCAUUUAAUGUUAACUUCUGCUUCUUUUUUCCCUCAAAGAAAUGGGUAUUGGCGCAAGUGUGAAGAUGUAAAGUUGAUUCAUGUUCUCAAAACACAAUAAUUAUACAGAUAUUACAUAUUACAGAUGUUUUAAAUUUGUCUGCCUGUAAAUGAAAUGUGUAAAUAUAUUUUAUGUGAGAGCUUAAUGAAAAUAUAUUGCUUACUUUUGAAAGAA